AAAGAUAACUUAGCGAAAGUUAAUCUGUUGCCUUCAUCACACAAGCUUCACUGUUUCCUCUACUUUUGACAGGAAUUUACUGUUUGACAAAAUGAGGCUAUGGGUAACAGUUUUUGAGCUGACGAUAGUCGGCAAUGGGAGGGGAUGCCCUGAGAAAAUAUACAGAAAGCAAGACGGUGUCCUCCUGAGUAGACAGUCAUGUUACAAGUCUGUACCCUGGUCAUUCUGCUACCUCUGGUACGCCCGGAGACCAUCGUCCACCUCUUCGAGUGGUCUCACGAAGACGUGGCGAAGGAGUGUAACCGAUUUUUGGCGCCCUAUGGUUACUCAGCUGUCCAGGUUUCACCCGUGAACGAACAUGCUAUUCUUAAUGGACGCCCUUGGUACGAGAGAUACCAACCUAUAUCAUACGUCUUAAAAAGCCGUUCGGGAAACAAAGCUGCCUUUAAGAACAUGGUAGAAAGUUGCAAUAAAGUUGGUGUCAAGGUGUACGUCGAUGUUAUCUUCAAUCACAUGACUGCCAACUUGCCUCCGGGUACUAAAGGUACAGGUAAUUCCGUUCCGGAUACCGCCAAUGAGAAAUACCCAGCGGUUCCCUACGGUCCCAAAGACUUCCAUGCGCCAUGUUCCAUCGAAGACUGGAAGGACAGAUGGCAGAUUCGAAAUUGCGAACUACUUGGCCUCCACGAUCUGAAUCAAACUUCUGAAUAUGUUAGGGGCAAAAUAGUGGGAUUUUUGAACGAAUUAGUUGACAUUGGGGUAUCUGGAUUCAGAGUCGAUGCAGCUAAACACAUGGAACCUUCAGACUUACAAGUCAUCUACCAGCGAGUUCACAACCUCAACCCUAGGUGGUUCCCCAAAGGCAGCAGGCCAUACUUCUACCAAGAGAUUGCUGGUUAUCCAGAUGAUGACGUUAUCAAGCCUCAAGAAUACACUUCACUAGGCGGGGUUAUGGACUUCAAAUACGGCUUCGAAUUGGCUAGAGCAUUUAAUAAAGAAAACAAGCUGAAAUGGCUUCGAACAUUCGGCAAGCGUUGGGGUUUGGUGGCAUGGAAGGAUUCAGUGGUAUUUGUCGAUAACCACGAUACGCAAAGAGAUGGCAUAAACGAUCGACCUGCGUUAACAUAUAAACAGGGCAAGCAGUAUAAGAUGGCAGUGGGUUUCAUGUUGGCAUGGUCGCACACACGAGCUAGGGUGAUGUCCAGUUACUACUUCGAUAAGAAGGAGCAAGGACCUCCAUCUUAUCCUGUAAUUGUGAACGAGGAUCUUACUUGUUCGGGCGGAUGGGUCUGUGAGCACCGAUGGCAUCAGAUCUACAACAUGGUGGCUUUUGCAAAAGUAGUGGAAGGAACCGCUGUGAGCCACUGGUGGGACAAUGGUAACUAUCAGAUAGCCUUCUCGAGAGGAAGCGAAGGUUUUAUUGCAAUAAACGCUGAAGAUAAAGACCUGGACUCCGAAAUACAGACCUCUUUGGAGCCAGGUGUGUACUGUGACGUCAUUAGUGGACUCAAGCAGGGUUCGAAAUGCACGGGAAGUCAGGUGACAGUAAAAAACAAUGGUAAAGCUCAUAUUAAGAUAGCAGCGAAUGCUUUGGAUGGUUUCAUAGCUAUUCAUUCCAAGUCGAAAAUACGAUGAGCCCCAAUUUUCUGGAUGCGCAGAACAAUCAAGGAUUUAUUUUUUUUAACAGAAGUACAUAUUAUGAAAUGAAUUAUUAAUGAUUUGUUUUAAAUUUAC